GUUGAUUUUUCUGGACUGUUGAGGUUAUGUUUGUUCUAUUCAUUUCAUAAAUAAUAUUAAAUAACAAAAUAAUUACGCUACAAUCAAAAAUAAAAACCUGAAUCCGAUAAUUUUGAAGCUCAUAUUAACAAAUAUGCAUAAUGUUUUAAUCACUGGAACUCCAGGUGUAGGAAAAACUACUUUAGUUAAGAAACUUGUUGAUAUUUUCAAAUCAAAAGAUAUAGAUUUUGAUGGUUUUUAUACAGAAGAAGUAAGAAAUGGUAAUGCCAGGGUGGGAUUUGACAUUGUAAUGUUGAAUAAUGGCAAAAGAGGUAUUUUGGCUAGAAAAAAUUCUCUAAAUAGUUCAAAUUCACCUAUGGUUGGACAGUAUGCAGUUCAUGUAAAUGAAUUCGAAGAACUUGUACUUCAUAUUUUUGAAAAGCCUAAAAAGUUGAUGAUAAUAGAUGAAAUAGGAAAAAUGGAAAUGUUUAGCAAAAAGUUUCAAGCAGGUGUUAGAAAUGUGUUUAAUAACAAAGAUAUUAGAGUAAUAGCCACUGUACCUCUGAAUGGCGGUCCUCUUCUAGUUAAACAAUUAAAAGAGAGAUCAGAUUGUAGUUUAAUUACAGUUGAUCACUCUAACAGGAAUAAUCUUCUACCUGAUAUUGUAAAAUUAUUUGAAGAAAAAUAUAAAUAAAUGUAGAAUAUCUACCUAUAUUGUGAUUUAGCUUUAACCUUUCAAAACUGUUUUAAAGUACAUAUCUUGUUCCCAUUUUCAACAAUUUGAAAUAAAGUAUAUUUAUAUGCAGGUUUGUGUACUUUCGAGUUAGAUUAGAUUAGAUUUGAUUAUAAUUCUGGGCCAUUAUUUGUAUUUUGUCUAUUUUGGUCUUUUCUGGUUCUCGUAGACCUUAUAAACUAGCACUACUAGCAAUGGCAUAUUUUAAGAUUUGGUGCCCUGGUCCUAUAAAUUGAUAAAAAGAGAAAUCUGUGAAUAAUGAAAGAACACAUUAUAUAAAAGAAUAACACUAUUAAAUAUUUAUUCAAUAAAGAUAUGAAAACAAAUGAAUUCUAAACAAUUUUUGGGUAAUAAAACGGGUUCAACAGUCUUCAUUACUUCCUCAUUUUUGGAGUGAAGAGUUGGAAUGGGUUCCUUUAACAGUGGCUUCGCUGAGAUGUUAGGAUCUAUGAACAAGGUAGGUGGGUGUGCCAUGCCUCUCACCAUUGCAAAUCAGGCUUCAUCCCAGCUAGCACAAAAACAUCCCAUCUACAUUAAUAAGCUGCAAUUUUAAGCUCGCAUGCAAUGUACUUUUAAUGUAAGCCUAAUAUCCCUGCAACCGCCGAAUGUCCGCAACGGCAAGACUUUUAUAGCACAUCUGACAGAGGUUACAAAGUGAAGUUCAAAAAACAUCACACUAGCACUUUUAUAGUACUUACACCGAAAGUUGCUCUGAAACGUUCUAUAGAUGUUAUAAUAUGAAUUAGUUCUACAGCGUGUGUCCACUGAUAACUUGUGAAAAUAUUUAUUUUAAAUUAAAAAAGUAAUUCUUCAUAAUUUCUUUUGCUUGUUAAAUAAAUACAAUUCACAUUGAAAAUUUAACGAAAAAUAAUUUUUUUUAAAUUUAAAAUCAAUAUUUUUACAAGUGUAAUUAAAUCCAUCCAUGGAGACACUAUAUUGUUCUUUGUGUAAUGUAAUACAGAGAGGCUGAAAUUGAGGUUUUAGUAAAAUCUCAAUCUAGACAUGAAAGUUUCAAAUAAAACAAAAUAUUUAUAUAAAUUUAUUGGACAAAAUUAGCUAAAUAAUAUAAUAAGGUACCAAUAUUGCAAAGGUUCACUAAAAGCCUAAAUGGUGAACGAUUGUUCAAAUGUAAAUUUAUAUAAGGUAUAUUUUAAAGGUUCACAAGAUUUUUUACCAAGAUGGGAAUUGUAUGAUGCUAAAGCUAGAUUGCUGAAUAAUAAUAAAGAACUGUAAUAAUGACUAGGUACAUAUUAUACCAAUUUCUUACCUGUUGACGGAGAGGUAUAUCAUCUGUUUAAAUCAAGC